AUGACAGAGGGGCCCAGAAAAGCCAGCAAAAAGUUCAAGUUCUUCAAGUUCAAGGGCUUUGGGAGUCUCUCCAAUCUCUCCCGGUCCUUUACUCUGCGUCGAUCUUCAACCCCUAUAAACAUUCAAUCCCAUCUGGAGCCUGACACCUUUGAAGCUACACAAGAUGACAUGAUCACAGUUCCUAAGAGCCCUCCAGCCUAUGCACGCUCGAGUGACAUGUAUAGCCACAUGGGUACCAUGCCUCGCCCCAAUACCAAAAGGGCCCGGGAACGACAAGCUGCACAUGAGGCUCGGGAGGUGGAUCCUGAACCCCACCUGAUGUCCCGAGGUCUACCAGACCCUCCAGGCCCAGAGAAAAACAAGGAGAUGGUGGUGCCAGCUGAUGUGCCCCUGGACAACACCCCUGCAUUGGAAUCCACUCCUCCAGCAGAAGAGGUGAAACCCACAAGAAAACCCGAGAACCCUAAAGUAGACAUGGAAGAGGAGGAAGGUCCCAAGGAUGAGUCCUCAGAAAGGGCCAUUGGGGAGUCGGAGGCUGGUGGAGACUACGUGAAGUUCUCCAAGGAGAAGUACAUUUUGGACUCAUCACCAGAGAAACUGCACAAGGAGUUGGAGGAGGAACUUAAACUCAGCAGCACAGACCUGCGCAGCCACGCCUGGUACCAUGGUCGCAUUCCACGGGAGGUCUCAGAGACUCUGGUGCAGCGAAAUGGUGACUUCCUCAUCCGGGACUCACUCACCAGCUUGGGUGAUUAUGUGCUCACGUGCCGCUGGCGCAACCAGGCCUUGCACUUCAAGAUCAACAAGGUGGUGGUGAAGGCGGGUGAGAGUUACACCCACAUCCAGUACCUGUUUGAGCAGGAGAGCUUCGAUCAUGUGCCUGCACUUGUGCGUUAUCAUGUGGGCAGCCGCAAGGCUGUGUCUGAACAGAGUGGUGCCAUCAUCUAUUGCCCUGUCAACCGGACCUUUCCACUACGCUACCUUGAGGCCACCUACGGCCUGAGCCAGGGCAAUGGCAAGGCAACCAGCCCCGCCAGCCCCUCAUGCUCCAAGGGCAGUCACAUGAAGCGGCGCAGCAUGACCAUGACUGAUGGUCUAAGCUCUGACAAACUCACUCGAGGAGAUAGCUGCCCCACCAGCACCUCAUUGCCCCACCCCCGGGAAUCCAUCCGCAACUGUGCCCUCAGCAUGGACCAGAUCCCAGAUCUCCACUCGCCUAUGUCCCCCAUCUCUGAGAGCCCCAGCUCCCCUGCCUACAGCACCGUGACCCGUGUCCAUGCUGCCCCCACAGCCCCCUCUGCCACGGCACUGCCUGCCUCCCCUGUCGCCCGCCGCUCAAGUGAGCCCCAGCUGUGCCCUGGAAGUGCCCCAAAGCUUCUUGGGGAGUUGGACAAGGGCCCUCAUGCCAGCCCCUCCCACAGCCUUUGCAAGGCCUCCCCCUCCCCAUCGCUCAGCAGUUACAGCGACCCGGACUCUGGCCAUUACUGCCAGCUCCAACCUCCCAGCCGUGGUAGCCGGGAGUGGGCAGCAGCUGAAGCCUCCAGUCGGCAGACCCGGAGCUAUGGAGAGAAGCUAAAGGAACUGUCAGAAAAUGGGGCCCCGGAAGGAGACUGGGGCAGGACCUUCACAGUCCCUGUUGUAGAAGUCACAUCUUCCUUCAACCCAGCUGCCUUCCAGUCACUUCUGAUCCCCAAGGACAACCGGCCACUAGAGGUGGGCCUCCUGCGAAAGGUCAAGGAGCUGCUGACAGAAGUGGAUGCCCGGACACUGGCCCGGCAUGUCACCAAGGUUGACUGUCUGGUUGCUAGGAUACUGGGCGUUACCAAGGAGAUGCAGACCCUAAUGGGAGUCCGCUGGGGCAUGGAGCUGCUCACUCUCCCACAUGGUCGGCAGCUACGAUUAGACCUGCUGGAAAGGUUCCACACUAUGUCCAUCAUGCUGGCCGUGGACAUCUUAGGCUGUACGGGCUCAGCAGAGGAGCGGGCUGCACUCCUGCACAAGACCAUCCAGCUGGCGGCAGAGCUGCGGGGGACCAUGGGCAACAUGUUUAGCUUCGCUGCAGUCAUGGGCGCUCUGGACAUGGCGCAGAUCACCCGGCUGGAACAGACAUGGGUGACCCUGAGGCAGCGGCAUACAGAGGGCGCCAUUCUGUAUGAGAAGAAGCUCAAGCCAUUUCUCAAGAGCCUCAAUGAGGGCAAAGAAGGCCCACCGCUGAGCAACACCACAUUUCCUCAUGUUCUGCCACUCAUCACACUGUUGGAGUGUGACUCAGCCCCAGCAGAGGGACCUGAGCCCUGGGGCAGCACGGAGCAUGGUGUGGAGGUGGUGCUGGCCCAUCUGGAGGCCGCCCGCACGGUGGCACAUCAUGGAGGCCUGUACCACACCAACGCUGAGGUCAAGCUGCAGGGAUUUCAAGCCAGACCAGAGCUCCUGGAGGUGUUCAGCACUGAAUUCCAGAUGCGUCUCCUCUGGGGCAGCCAGGGUGCCAGCAGCAGCCAGGCCCGACGCUAUGAGAAAUUUGACAAGGUCCUCUCUGCACUGUCUCACAAACUGGAGCCUGCUGUCCGCUCCAGUGAGCUGUGACCUCCAGCAACAUUCCCCCUCUGCAGCUACAGGAAGAACCUGGGGCAGAGAGGGGCACUGACUUUCACAGCACUCACCUGGACACUGUGACCAGCCCGAGAAUGCUCUGGGUUCAACUCUAGGACAUUUCUUUCUCCUCCAGGGCCCUGCAUGGACACUGGGCUCUGCUGUCUCAUCUACAAGUUCAUUGAGUCUCCUUUCAGGAAGAACCAGACCCCCUGCUUCUCCCCUUCCUGCCAGGUUCCCAGUCUUUGAUCUACAGGAGGCUCCUUACAUCUUCUCACAUCUCUCCAGGCAUCUGCUCCCUCAUCCCCCGCACCACCACCAAGGCCUCCAUCUUGCUGUAAAUAGCUUUCUGUUCUGUAAAUAAUGUACAGAAGUCAUGUUUUUCUUUCAUAUAAUAAAACUUUUAUGACUCUUU